UACACUACAUGAAUGCGAAUGAUGAGGCGCCGUCGAAUUUGGAGCCGAUCAACGCGGAAAAAGCGGACAAGAAUGAAGAAAGAAUGGUCGAGGAUGACUCAGCAGAAUCCCAGGCAAAGCCAGCUACCGAAACUACUCCUGAGGAUACGAAAGUGGUCGAAGAGAAAGCAGAGCUCAACUUAGAAUUCCAACCAACUCUCCACGAACGAUUCAUGCGAAUCAAACAACUGGUGAAAGAUGCGAUUGAAGCCCAUCACACGUUCAUGGUUUACGGAAAAGCUCGAGUAAUUCGCGAAUGCAUGCUGAGCAGAGGGUGGUGCGAAAAGUUCUUCAGGAAAAAUUCUAAUGGCGAUCAACACUUCAACGUGAAUGCAAGUCCUGUGAUACUGUUGGCUGGAAUCGGUGAUCUAAAAGAUCAACAAAGCGAACGUCUAUUAAUAUCGAGAAUGCUCGCAAAUCACACGGUUGAUUUUCUAUGGAACACAGGAUCAGAAUGGCCAGGAUGGCCGUCACAGGAUAACAAAACCACGAUUUUCAAUAGGUACUGUCGAGCAGGAUUCACAUCGAAGGUGGGCCUAUGUUCGAACGUUAGGCAAAUGCACUGGUACUACGAGGCAGGAGUGGCAAAUACCCUAUUUCCACGUUGUUACAAUCUGUGCCAAGGCGAUCAGAUGCACGCUUUCAUCGAGGAUUUUCGAUUCACAGCUUGUUUGAGUUUAUUAAAAUGGCUGGUUAACAAGAUAAAUACCGAAGGCGAGAACGCGGUCAGAUCUCCAACUGGCGCGGUGCCUCUGAAGGCAUUAGAGUUCGCGAUCAAACGAUGCAGCGACUACAUCAGUGCACAGUCCCACGAGGAUAUCGAUCAGGAAGCGGAAAGAGUAUGGACGCAUCAAUGGGACCAGUUUAUAAGUUGGUAUUAUCAGAUCGUUCACGGUCAAGCAUCCUUCAUUCGAAACAAUGUACCGCUCCAAAAAAUCUUCCUGGCAUCGAAGCAUAUCUUGAGAAAGAUGAAAAAAUAUUGGCCGCAACUCGAGAUGGAUGGAAUGAUGAACGUGUGGAUCAUGAAGCCAGGCAACAAGAGUCGUGGUCGAGGGAUCGUUUUAUUGAACAAAUUAGAAGAUGUGAUGGCAAAAAUGAACCCAUCGAAUAAAUCGGAUACUCGUUAUGUCGUACAAAAGUACAUUGAACGACCGCUGCUGAUACACAAUACGAAAUUCGAUAUUAGGCAAUGGUUCAUCGUUACCUGUGCUCAGCCUCUGACCUUUUGGAUAUACAAAGAGAGUUACUUGCGAUUUUGCUCCCAGAAAUUCAGUCUGACAGAUUUCCACGAGUCGAUUCACCUGUGCAAUCACGCGAUCCAAUGCAAGUACACGAAUUGCGGCGAUAGGGAUCCUGCAUUGCCCUCGGACAACAUGUGGGAUGUCAUGUCCUUCAAGCAGUUCCUCAAAUCUCAGGGACACGAGAGAGCAUGGGACGAGAUAAUUUACCCAGGGAUGAAGCAGGGCCUGGUCGGUUCGCUGUUGGCUAGCCAAGAGGCUAUGGAUCGUCGAAAAAACAGUUUCGAGUUGUACGGCGCAGAUUUCAUGGUCAUGGAGGAUUUCUCGGUUUGGUUGAUCGAAAUCAACAGUCAUCCUGACAUGAGUUACUCGAGCAAAGUUACAACGCGACUGUGUCGACAGGUUUUGGAGGAUACCAUAAAAGUGGUGAUCGAUUUUCGAGAAGACAAAAACGCGGAUACGGGUCAGUUCGAGUUGGCUUAUAAGCAGAGAAUACCUAGUUGUCAGCCUUAUCUCGGUGCAGCCCUGUCUCUUCAAGGAACUCGGAUUACAGUUUGUGGCAAAAAGCCUUUGAGUAACCAAGAGUCAAAAGUUAAUCUCGUAUCGAAAUCUCCUAUGACGUGUUUGACGAAGAAAAAAUCGACGGUGCAUAAUCAGAUCGGACCAGUGAUCGUAGAUCUGAUCGAGGAACUGGAAAUUCAGCUCGAUCAGGAAUUCUACGCUUAUUACAAAGUGGAAUCGCCUAAGCUGAGACAAGCACUGCCAGCGAGCGCACCGGCAAAACCCUUGAAAACGGCCGUAUUGAUCGAUAAGCAGGAAGCAACCGUGAAGAGUGCUCCUGUGAGCACCACGGUUGCUCAUUCUAAAGCGAAAACGCCUACGGUGGUUCAGAACAAUCAAGAUAAAAGUGGAAGCAAUCAGAAGAACGCGACACGAACACCAAGGAAAUCGCGCACUUUCACUGGAACAACGAACAACAAAGGAAACGCGUCUCCUACGAGACAGUCUUUGGUUUCGAAGAUUAUAGCUAUUCAGAAGCAAUCAACGAAGCUGGCGCCGAAAACGGACAAACCAUCGAAGCAAAACGAAGAAAAGAUCAUCAAGACAGUGAUGCGAGAUGCGAUCAAAAAAUACAAAAAGAACGCUGCUCUUUCCGGAACGUCGCCUGAAAGACCUGUGUUACCGUCCCCCUUAUCCACGCAUAGGAUAAAUCAUCCUGGGCAACAGAAAAAUCAUAACGCUCCAAGGAAACCUAGCCGUCAGAGGAAGAACAAAGUUCUAACAGACAUCACCGACAUGUAUGCCGUUGGUCUGAGGCUGACUAAGUGAUAGAAAAAGUCUUCGUA